AUGGGGGCGGCCCGGCGGCUGCUCGGCCUGUGGCUGGCGGCGGCGCUGGCGCUGGGCGCGGCCCGGGGCUGCCUGCACUGCGACCCCGCCUUCGCCGCCCGCUUCGCCUCCUACCGGCCCCGCCUCAGCCGCAAGGCCUGGGGGCUCGGGGACGUGCCGGCCGCGGGGCGGCUGCUGCGGGGCUGGGCCGGGGACACGGUGCGGGGGCUGCGCCUCAGCAUCCCCGCCGAGAUCCCUCUGGAUAAGCUGCAUGAAAUUGCAGCCAAAGUGUACGAAAAACUUGACAUCAUGUUGAGUGGGAAAACGUACCAACCAGGUGUUCUCCCUCAGCUCUUGCAGUCCAUUUUCCAGAACCAGAUCCAGACGCUACAGAGAGCCAUCAUUGAAAGUGAGCCUUUCCUCUGCAGACUGGAGUGUGAACGUCACUGUGGAAUCUUUAGAUAUGAUGCUGUCUCCUGCCUGACUUGUAACUUCUCCAGACCAGCUUGCUUUGGCUAUAACUGCGAGUCAUCAGAAGAAUGGGAAGCAGCCUUGAAAGGCCUUUUCGAUUACAUAAACAAAAUAGACCAGCAAUCAGCGAGGUGGAUAGUUGCCUUGAGAAGGAUCCCAGGCUUCCACAAUUGCACAUCCACCAGCCCAGCAAUGCUAAACUUUAAAAGGAUAAAUGCCAGCAUGUCUAAGACUUGGCACAACACACUUGUGAACAAGAGGACUCCUGGAUGGCACAAAUACAGAAUCCCCCCCACCAGAGUGAUAGACUGCUGAGCUGUGUUUUUUUAAAUGAAUAUCUACUUAGAAUGUAUUAGCUCUAAGGGAAAUUAAACAUUAGAAACUA